AGUACAUAGCUCGAUUGCAUAAUGCAAUCCAAUCUCAUCAUAAUCACAUGACGAUGCUGGUUUGAUUAUGUACCUGUAUCCUCACCUCGCCCAUGUCUCUCUAUCACGAGACAGCUGACAUUCUGUCGGCGCCAGCCUCGAGCGGCAGUCUGAAAUCCCGUCUGUUCAGUAACAAGAGCAAACAGCAACUGAAAUCGCCUCCGCAACAGAUCUACGCCCUGGCCUCGGAAACCUGCAAAUGGAGCGCCGUGCUAAAGGAGAUUAUAGACAACUCGGAGCUGCUCCGUCAUGAGCGCAAGCUUACGCCUAUACUUGCCCUCCUACUUGUCCACGAUUUCCUCUUGUCGCGGAAGGGUAUCGCGCUUCCCGCCUCACAUGGCUUGAGAGCGGCCGUGGAGCGUCACAAGGCUCGCCUGACAUCAGAGUUAACGCGGGCCCGGCUACGGAGGAAAGCAGCGUCUAUUGACGCGCUGCGCGAGCUAGUCACUAUCGAGUCGCUCGGCGAAGCUGGGCUAUAUCCUCGCUGGGUCAGGGUGAACACCUUGAAAGCGACGUUGCAAGAGCAGCUGGACACGACAUUCAAGGAUUUCACACGGGUUUCGAGCGUGAGAGACGUCAUCGCCGCUUCGACGACAGGGAAGUUGCUCUACGUUGACGAGCAUGUGCCGAACCUAUUGGCUCUCUCGCCCACCUUCGAAAUCACCAAGACGCACGCUUACACUUCGGGCGCCAUCAUCCUGCAGGACAAAGCCUCGUGCUUCCCAGCAUACCUACUAGACCCGCGGCCCGAAGAUGGGGAUGUCAUUGACUCGUGCUCGGCCCCGGGGAACAAGACGACCCAUGUCGCGGCCAUCGUGAAGUCGCGGAUUUCCGCGCAUGAAAAACGUCCGCGGAAGGUGUACGCCUUUGAGAAAGACCAGCACCGCGCGCGCACGCUAGACAAAAUGGUGCACCUAGCAGGUGCGCAGGAAAUCACGAAGAUGAGCCCGGGACAAGAUUUUCUAAAAGUCGAUCCCGAUGCGCCCGCGUACAAAAACGUCGGCGCUCUACUCUUAGACCCCAGCUGUUCCGGCAGCGGGAUCGUCGGCAGAGACACCAUGCCGACGAUCCAUCUUCCCGAGCAGCAACCAGGCGCGAAACAAAAGCAAACAGCACCAACGAAGAACAAGAACGGCAAGCGGAAGCGAGAAGAAGAAAAUGAUGAUACCCAAGAAGACCGGCGGCAGAAACAGAAGCAGAUCCUUGUCGACGACGACGGACAGGAACUGGUGGUGUCUUCCGAGAAAGAGAUGAAAGCCCGCCUCGAAGCGCUCUCGUCGUUCCAGCUGACUCUCCUCCUGCACGCGUUUUCAUUCCCCGCGGCCCGACGCGUAACGUAUUCCACGUGCUCCGUCCACGCCGAAGAGAACGAGCACGUCGUGCUGAAGGCGCUACAGUCCGAUAUCGCGCUGGAACGGGGCUGGCGGAUCAUGAAGCGGGAUACGCAGGUGGAAGGCAUGCGGAGCUGGCCUGUCCGCGGAUCCCUCGAGGCCAGUCGCGGAGACGAAGAGGUCGCCGAGGCGUGCAUCCGCUCGUAUAAAGAUGACGGGAGGGGCGUCAUGGGGUUCUUCGUCGCUGGGUUUGUGAGAGAUGCUGGAGAUACAACGAAUGGGAAUACCCCCGAGGUCAAAGGGGCGAAGAAGAAGCUUCGAGGCUCGGGGAUACCACAUGUCACCGCACAGAAUGGCUUAGGGGCUAGCGAAACCGAAAGCGACGCCGGCGAACCCGAUGGAGAAAAUGAUGGUGAUGAUGAUGAAUGGGGCGGCUUUGCUGAUUAAAUAUUCUGCGCGUAGCGAUCUAGGUUAAUUAUCUAGCUGGCUAUCUAUCUACUUACAUACCCUACGCACAUACAAAUACCACUACUGACGCCUUGAGAGAAGACCCAGUAGUAUCCAUAUAUUCCCCUAAACUCCAAGGCUCACAGUCCUGUAUGAACCCUGUGAAAAUAGGUAGCAGAGGAUAGUGCUAGAUCGUCC